AUGCCAAUAGCAGCCACAUGGAUCAGCCUACCAACAUUCACCUGCACAGACCACAACAUUGUCACCCCCAGUGAUCCAGUCCACUUCCAUUCCAACAGCAGCCACAUGGAUCAGCCCACCUGGCAUUCACUUGCACAGACCACAGCUUUGUUGCCCCCAGUGAUCCAGUCUGCUUCCAUGCCAGCAUCCCAACUAUACCUACCUAUGCUCAAUUUACAACUGACUCAAAUGCAGUUCAGGAUGCUGCAAGUUGUCCAGCCAUCAGAUCUUUUGCUCUUCAACAUCCCUCCCCUCGCAGAUGUGCCCAUUUUGCACCCUGAUGGGACACAGACUGCAAAGUCAGACUCUUGGAGGGACAUAGUGCACCACUGGACAGAGGGAAAGCCAUGGCUUGACUUGCACAUUCUGCUCAAGGACUGGCCUUAUCACUACUACAAUGGGAAGAGCAGCCAUCAAUUCAACACAAAGUACUCUCAGCAAUGCAUCAUCAUGAUGGAAUUCCUCAAUGAAUUCCAGGGGGAUGAGGAGACCUUCCUCAAGAUUUAUGGAAGUGCCAUUGGUCAAGGACACAUGAAGCUCCUCAAAGCAAUCUUGGCUGCCCACAAAUGGUAUUGUGGAGCUGGAGAGCACCAUCAUUGCCUCACAAGUGAAGAAGUCUGUGACAAUUCUUCUUCAGUGCUCCAAGGUGCCAGCAAGCAGCAAUGA